AUGUCUAUGGAUUCUGGUAUUGUAACCCCGCGUCGCGUUUCAUCCGCGCCAGCGCCGCGUAACGAAGGUGAUCCUGAGGGUUCAUUGAGCGGUUGUGAGCUUGAGUUCCUUUCUACAUAUUCGUCGCCUGGUCCUCGUCGUAGUAGUCGUACUAGCAAGCGUCCUUCAUUUUUUAAUGUCGUGCACGAGUCCCGCGUUGACCGUGAGACUAUGGCGGCUAUAAAGCGCAGUAAGCUGGAGACUCAGCAACUGAAUCUCGAUUACUCGUCGUUCGUUGAGGUUCCUACAAUCCAUGCUACUGAAGAUGAGUUUGCUAACCCUCUUACAAUUUGGAACAAAUACCAUGACUUGGGUGAGAAAUUUGGUGCUAUAAAAGUGGUGCCUCCUCCUGGUUGGCAUGGUGUGUGUCCAUUGGACACAGAGCGUAUGAAGUUUAAGGUUAGGGAGCAAGAGUUGCAGAACUUGUGUAACGGGAAGGGUUUCGCUCAUCCGCCCUACGAUUGGGAUUGUAAGCGUAUGAAGCGUGCUGACGAUGAGCUUUUGGUAUCAUUGUUCGGCAGCACCAAUGUUUCUGUUGAGGAUGUUGAGCGUGAAUACUGGAAGAUUGUGAAAGCGGGUAAUCGUUCUUUGAUCGUGAAAUACGGGGCUGAUUUGAAUGUUUAUUCUCCUGAAUUUGAGGACUAUUUGGUUGACAUAUCGGGCACAAAGCAUGAGGGCGAUUGGUGGGACCUUCGUAAUUUGCCGAAAUGUCCGGGUUCUCUUUUGCGUUAUUGUGAGCAGAUAAUUCCAGGUGUAAAUAGCCCAUGGCUUUAUAUCGGUAUGGUUCUGACGUCGUUUUGUUGGCACACUGAGGACAAUUACUUUGGUGCUGUGAAUUACCAUCAUUUUGGUGCUCCUAAGGCAGGUCGUUUGGAGUCAGUUUUGAAGAACUAUUGGGCUGGUGAGAGUGAGGAAUUUGCUGUUUAUAGUUUGCGUGUGCAAGUUGCUCCUGAUAUUUUGGUGUCAAAUGGUAUCCCUGUGCAUCGUAUUGUGCAGCGUGAGAACGAAUUUGUGUUCGCUUGGCCUCGUGCGUUUCACAGUGGUUUGAACGCUGGUUAUAACUGUAACGAGGCUUGCAACAUAGCUCCUGUGACUUGGUUGCCUAUGGGUUACCAGUCUUUGGUGAACUAUCGUUUUUAUCGGAAGACUUGUGUAUCGUUUUUCACGUUGGUGAUGAGUGGUGUCUGCAACUACCGUGACAUGAAGUUCCAGGCCCGUAACAGUGUUUCUUACCCUCGUGUUCAGAUGUACUUACACCGUGGUGCCGUAGAAGGUUUCGAUUUGGAAUCGUCUUUCGAUAAUGCGUAUCGUCAUCAGGACUGGUCAGCGUUGGCGCGCUACGUCUGCUUAUCUGUAGAUCAACUGCUAAAAGAGCGUCGUGCUACACAAUUGUAUCCCGAUUGUAAGCGUUCUGAUAAGAGAUCUGGUACUUCGUCAUUGCGUUCAUCAUGUUCUUCACCUUCUGAUUUGGAGUCAUUGUCUACUACUGAUGGCAUAGCGUCAUGUAAUUCAUCGACUAACUCGAUGCCUAUGCCAUGUUGUGAUUGGGAAUCGUCUUGGUUUGAUGACUUGCGUUCUGCUUUUGAUCGUUGGUACAGUGGUAAGCGUGGUGAGGAUGGUGAGUCUCGUUACGGCGAGAUAUCUCUUUCUGAGCCUUGUAGCAUGGAUACUAAUCUGUUGAACAUCUUGGCGGCGUGCAUGACGCCUAAUACUCCAUCUUUUGUGGAGGCUCAGCGUCAGCUUGGUGAGAUGCGUGAGCGUCAGUUGGCUGAUUUUGUGCGUGCGUUAUGUGACGUGAUUGCGAAUCCUCACGUGAAUAGUGACAUACGUCAGCUUGCGGGUGUUCUUCUGAAGAAUAGUUUCCGACGUGAUCCUAAAUGUACUGACGUUAGCAACAAUGUUCUUCUUCAGGUUCCUGCUGACUGUUUGCAUUAUAUUAAGGUGCAACUGCUUAAUGUCAUGAAGGCCGGUGGAGAGAACCAAUCAUGUCUUGCUGCUUGUUAUGUGAUAUCUCGUAUUGCUGAAUUGGAGUUACGUCGUCACGGUUGGCCGGAGUUUUUCGACAUCAUUAUUGGCAUGAUUGACUCUAAUGACAUUGAUGCUUGUCGUAAUGCUUUGACGUGUCUUUGUUAUUUGAUUGAGGAUUUGGCAGCGGUUUAUUAUAAUCAGGGUGUUGCUUUUCUUUCUAAAGCACAAUCGGAUCGUUUAUUAACAUCGAUCGUGAAGGGUGCUUUUAUGAGUGAUGGUCGUAGUCGCAAGACUGUGAUGAUUUGUUUGCAACAUAUAUUGCCAUUUGUUGAUAGCAACAUGUCGGUUCCUAGUGAGCGUGACACUAUUGUUCAGGCUAUUUGUUACAAUAGUGCUCCUGGUAACAGUAACGACGUUCGUGCUGCUGCCAAUGAUUGUUUGGUUCAAUUGGUAACGGACUACUAUGAUUUGAUAGGUCCAUGUCUGCAGUACAUCGUUCCUCUUUUAUGGCAGGCUAUUGACACAGGUGUUGAUGAGAUUGCAAUUCCUGCUUUUGAAUUUUGGAAUACAAUUUGUGAGGCUGAGAUUGUAUUAUCUGAGGACAAUUCCGAGUCAAAUCAGCGUAUUAUUCAGCAAGUGAUAUCAUAUCUUCUUCCUAAGAUUUUGUAUACUAUGACAUUGCAUGAAUAUGAGGAUUUUGACAGUGAGAGUUGGACGUUGCCUAUGGCUGCUGGUGUCUGUUUAUCUUUAUGUUCUCAGACUGUGAAGAACGACAUCGUUCCUUCUGUGUUACAAUUUAUCAACCAGAAUUUCAACCACGCUCAGUGGACCCACCGUGAAGCAGCGGUGCUAGCUUACGGUUAUAUAAUGGAAGGUCCUGAUGCUGAUACUUUGCGUAUGUUAGUGCGUGAUUCUUUUGACCGUUUAUGUGAGGUGUUGGAUGACCCUUCGGUUGCCGUUCAAGACACUGCUGCGUGGACUAUCGGUCGUAUAGCAAGUUUCCACUGUCAGGUGAUUUUGCCUCAUUUGGGUUCCUUGGAUAACCCUGGUAGCAACAUGUCAAAAUUGAUGGUUGCAUUAUUUAAGCCGGCUCGUGUUGCUGCUAACAUCUGUUGGUUUUUGCAUGAAUUGGCUGAGGGUUUGGUUCACGUUGAUGAGUACCGUGGUAUGUUGGAUGCUAUAUUUCCCAAGGUGUGCGAUGCGUUAGUUCGUCGUGCUAACAUGGAUGAUGCUAUGGAGCGUAAUUUAUUUUCUUCUGCAUAUAACAGUCUUGGUAACUUCAUUACAAAUGCUAGUGAUGCGUGUCGUCCCCAGAUGGGUGGUAUGUUGGAUCACUUUGACCGUAUGUUAUCGCAAUCCAUAUCGUCUGAUGACCAUAGUGCUGAAUCUCGUUCUCGUCAGGAGGCUGUUUGUGGUGUAAUUCAGGUUUUGCUUACUCGUGUAGAGUUUGUUCGUAACCAGCAGAGUUUAUGGAUGAGUAUUUUUAGCAUUUUGCAAGACGACUUGAGUGAGGAUGCUCUUUUGACUGCUAGUGCAUUAUUGAACCGUAUGGGUAACGAUGACUUUACUCCUUACUUAUCUCGUCUUGCUGAUAUAGUUUUGAACGGUUUACGUCGUCCUGAUGUGAGUAGUUCUUGCAAGGCUUGUAUCGAGUUGACGAGUGACAUGGCUCGUGUGUUGGAUCGUCACAUUCAGCCCUAUGUUCCUCAGUUGAUGGAGUUAUUGCUUAGCAUUUUAUCAGAUAUAAAUUCUCCUCAGAAGUUGAAGCCUCCAAUAGUGACUGCUUUGGGUGACCUAGCUAUGGCUUCAGGUUCAGCUUUUAACACAUUUGUUGAGCCAUCUAUGCGUUUACUUCUUCAGGCUGCUGACACAUCGUACGAGCUUGGUCCUGUAGACAGUGAGGAGUGGGUGUGGUACAUCAACGACUUGCGUGAGGGUGUGUUGUUAUCUUUCACUGGUAUAUUGUAUGGUCAGAAGAGCGUGAACCAGUCCAAUGUGUUACGUGGUUAUGUGAGCAGCAUAUUGCAAUUUGUUCAGGAGGUUGUGAACACUCCUGAUCAAUAUUUUUCUGUUGUUAACUAUCGUUUAGCGGUUACAUUGGUUGGUGACCUUUUGACUACGUUUGGCAGUGAUCUUUCGGUGUAUUUGAUCGACUCCGUUUUGAUGCGCAUGAUAAUUCAGCGUUUGAAGCAGCUGCAGGUGAAGGGCGACAGUUCUGCGGAUGAGUGUCGCGAGAAGGUUGAUUGGUUAUAUCAGUCCCUUGAAGAGUGCCUUUCCGCUUGUGAGCACGUCAUCUAUGACUAUUACUUUGGUGCCUGCUCAUAUUUCUGGGAUCGGGUGAUGGAUGCCAACGAGGAGUUCGUCGCCUUAUCGGCAUCCAUUGAUGCUGUAUCGCUACCGAGUUCCAUCCUUGAUUGCGUUUUGGAAUUUGUGGAUGGCUCGGAUCGUUGUUUAUUGGAGUCGCGUUAUAGUGAUUCUUUGAGUUCAGAUGGUCGUCACGGUGAUUCUUCUCCGUUAUGUGUGGACCGAUGCGCGCUUAUUAGUCGUGAGAUGGAACGCCUUCCAUCUGAUGACCCGUGGAGAUCUCUUCGUCAACGUAUCGAGUAUUUGAUGAACACCGCUGCUGCUGUUGAGAAGCAUAUGUCUGAAUUGGCGCAUAAUCGUCAUUCUGAUCUGAUAUCAACGUCUCUUCGUGCUACUGAGUCUGAUGCUAUACGUUCUGUUUGUGACCGUGAGUUGUUGCAAUUGCGUCGUUCAUUUGACUUGUACGCAUCGUCUAGUCUUCGUAAUGGCAUGUCUAUCCCUAGGGCGUUAUCGCAUGUUGUGUCUUUGAAGAAGUUGAACGAGUUAUUGCAGCAUGUUAGUGAUGUUGUUACAUUGCGUGAUAUUGUGCGUAGUCAUGUCUAUGACAUUUUGCAUCGUAUCGUCGCCUGUGCUGUUGCUUUGGAGAUCCUCGACAUGUCGAUGGCGACGUUCUCUGUAGCUUCCAAAUGGAGUCUGUUGCGUUGUUUAAAUGAGUGGUUUACGAUUCGUUUGUACAGCAUGAUAAACAGUUGUACUGUGAAGAUGGGUUUGGAUCUUGGUUUUCCGAGCAGUGUUCGUCUUUUGCGUCUUGUUGGUGCAUCUCCUGAGUUUGCUGCAUCUUGCAUCAUGGCUGAGUAUCGUCGUCACAUGUUUGGUGUAAUGCUAUCUACUGUCCAGCGUUAUGUGAAUGUGGAUGUUAGUUAUUCUGUUAUUCCAUCGGCUGAAUCACGUUCACCAUGCGAUAUCGGUCAUUGGUCACGUACUCUCGGUCCUAACAUGAUCCUUUUAACGGCUAUCGUUCAUAAACAGCCCAAGAACAUUGUCGAGUUCAUCGUCGACUUCCUCUGCGAACAUUACCCGGAACACCUCCACAGUUACGCCAAGCUCUGGAAGGCCGGGAAUCGUAUCAUAACCCGUGCAGAUCCUGAGCUCGAGGCUACCCGUAUGAAGGUGCUACAGUUCUUCAACUAUUACCACCUCCCCGUCGAGGUGGCAUAUCACUUCACCAACGCUGGUUUUGACACCUUGGACACUAUCCUCACGCUUAACAGGGACUCCCUGGCUGAAAUCGAGUCAUUUUCUGAUGCGCAAUGGCUCCCCGGCCACAAGGUGAGGCUCUACGUGUUAUUUGAGGACAUAAAGAAGUACGUCGACGAAUUCAAACGCGAGGGUCGCCCUUACCACGGUAGCAUCUAG